CUCAAAACCACCGAAGAAGAAAACAACGGAAGUUAGCACCGCGUCUCUCAGCAGCGAGCUAGCGUGACUGUGGAAAACAAAAAUGUGCAAAGUGCAAAUGCUGCGAGAGUUGGUGAAACGGCGACUGAACGUGGCCGUGGAAGAGAUAUUCGAACUGUUUGAGAAGACAAUAGCGGAGUACGAGGAGGAACUUUGUCGAUCGAAAGAUGAGAACGAGCGGCAACGCGAACUACUGGAUACUGUUUUCACGCAUCAGUCGGGGCUAGACAAAGCCGAUACUCAGCAUUUGGGAGAGGAUCAUCUCCCCGAUCCCCAGCUAGAGCCAGCAGAGCCCCCCCACAUUAAAGAGGAAGAAGACGUGUGGAGCAGCCAGGAUGGGGGGCAGCUUGUAGGUCUGAAGGAGGCAAAUGUCACCACUUUAGCGCUUGCUGAUUGCCCUGUGAAACGUGAAGUGAAUGAAAAGAGAGCUCACUCUUACCAACUUCACCGCAGUCAAAGUGAGGAGAACAAAUAUGCCGGCGAAGCACCACAGGCACACUCCAGCAGCGCGCCACUGUCCGACAUGGACGAGCGUGACGUCACAUCAUCCGAGACGGAUCACAGCGACGACGCCAAAGGACGUUUGAAGCGUUUUAUCGACGGCAAAGGUGCCGCUGCCCAUCACGACCACCGACUCUUCAACUGCUCCGAAUGUGGCAAGACCUUCAGUCGGAAGGGAACGUUGAACCGACACAUGAGGACGCACACCGGAGAGAAACCAUUUGCUUGCUCGUUUUGCUCAAAAAUAUUCUCUUUAAAGCAUCACAGGGACCGCCACAUGCGAAUACACACCGGGGAGAAACCCUUUUCCUGUUUAUUUUGCCCUAAAAGAUUCAGAGACAGGUACAAAAUGAUGACACACAUGAGAACCCACGCUCCUGAGUUACCAAUUUCCUCCAGCCCGCAAGCGACAACGGAAGUUGGCGGAGAACACUCUAACGCUCCUCGCUCGCAACGAGACAACCCCGCUCCGCUAUCAGACCUGGACGACGCCAUGUCGCACUCUUCCGCGAGCGAGCAUGGGAACGACGCCGAAGAACCCGACAGUAACCCCAAGAAGUUCAUGUGCUCCGAAUGCGGGAAACUGUUCGGCCGCAUGGGAAGUUUGAACCGACACAUGACAACGCACACCAGAGAAAAACCUUUUGCUUGCUCCAUUUGCGCAAAACGUUUCUCUUUCAAGGAGCACAUGAAAAGACACAUGCUAAUCCACACGGGCGAGACUUCCGUCUCCUGCGGCGUGUGCGCAAACAGCUUCCGAGAUAAAUGCGACAUGGUACUGCACAUGAGAACGCAUACGGGAGAGAAACCCUUCGCAUGCUCAGUUUGCCGCAAGGGUUUCUCCCGCAAGGACCAUAUGGUGUUACACAUGAGAACGCAUACGGGGGGGAAUUUCACCUGCCCGGUUUGUCAUAAAAGAUUCUCCAGUAAAAAGUAUGUGAUGAUACACAUGAGGACACACACCGGGGAGAAGCCGUUUGGUUGCAACGCGUGCGAUAAGAGGUUCACGUAUAAGUACCAGGUGACCAGACACAAGUGUGUCAGCGGCAUAGAUUUAAACGCACCGGAAGCGAGAUCCCAAUCAUUUUUGUUGAGCGAUUCACUUGGGCUGCACGUCGCAAUCGCGAAGGCUAAAAUGUGUAAAGUCCGAAUUCUGAGAAAGUUGGUGACGCAACGGUUCAACUCGGCUUUAGAGGAGAUAUUUGAAAUAUUCGAGCGAACGAUAGAGGACUACGAGGAAGAACUUUGUCGAACAAAAGAGGAGAACGAGCGGCAACGUGAAUUACUGUCUGUCGUUUACACGUCUGAUGUUGUAUCACAGGGGGCAGACGUGCAGAGGGUGUUGGUGGAGCAUCCAGAAGAAGAUAUUGUUCCCUCUGAGCAGCAGGAACAGCCACCAGAGCCACACCGCAUUAAAGAGGAGGAGGACAUACGGAGCAGUCAGAAUAAGGAGCAGCUUCCCUUGCUGGAGGAGAAUGAUGUCACUGCGUUCGCUUUGACAGGCGCCCGUAUAAAGAGUGAAGAGGAUGACGGUCAGUCCUCACAACUUCGUCACAGUCAAAGUGAGAAGUUAGAUCAACACAUCACGGAAGGGGAACGCUACACAGGCCCACAAUCACAACCAGAUCAAUUAGCUCCACUGUCUGAUAUGGACGACAUGAUGUCACACUCUUCUGACACCGAUCACAGCGACCGCACCAAAGAACCUUUGAAGGAAAGCUCCGAAGGUCAUAGGAUGCGUCACGCUGACAACAAGCACUCCAACUGCUCCGAAUGUGGGAAAAGGUUUGCCCACAAAGGAGCUUUGAAGAGGCACAUGAGGACACACAGUGGAGAGAAACCGUUCAGGUGCACCGUAUGCACCGAAGGCUUCUCCUUGAAGGGCAACAUGAAAAGACACAUGGCAACCCAUUACGAGCCGAGCAACGGCUUGACACGUCACGUGACGACCGUUCAGUUCGGCUGCUCCGAAUGCGGGAAAACGUUUGGCCAGAAGGGCAAUCUGAUCACCCACAUGAGAACGCACACCGGAGAGAAACCUUUUGCGUGUUCGUACUGCGACAGAAGAUUCCACACGAAGCUUCACGUGAAGAGACACACGGCCAUUCACACCGGCGAGAGACCCUUUUCCUGUUCGUUUUGCGGGAAAAGUUUCCGGGAGAAGUACGACGUGAUGAAUCACAGCAGGACCCACACUGGUGAGAAACCUUUCGCCUGCUCCUUGUGCGCCAAGGGUUUCUCUCGAAGGUCAUAUCUGAGAAUACACAUGAAAAGUCACACUGAGGAGAAAGCUUUGAGCUGCGGCAAAUCCGCUCAACACGUGACAACAGAAGCUGACGGAGAACGAUGUAAAGAGCUCCACGCACAACCACAAAACUUUGCUCCACUUACAGAAAUGGACGAUGGGAUAUCGUACUCUUCAGACACUGAUCACGCUGACGACCACAGACAUCAUGUGCAGUAGCUGUGAUUGAUCAGCUUGCCCACCAUACUCCAUGUAGCAGAUCUGCCCAUAAACGAGGUCUGAAUGAUUCUGAAAAAUAAUCUAAUUGUGAUUGCGCGUUGGUCUUACAUCAUCAGCUUACACACAAGGUGCUGCCACUGCUCCAAUUGUACCUCCAAAUGCAGCAGACAGAAUUUUUUGCACCUUCAGUGUAUUACCACGUUGUGCCACAGCAAAACGCCGCAUUACUGACUGCUUCUGUAAGCCAUGCGACGUGAUUGACAGCAAAAAUAAGAGGUAGAGAAAGUCCACCACGAAUAUCUUCCGUAGUGGUUGUUCAGCAGGAACAAUACAUGACUGUCAGUGUUGGAUGGGUUGCAGUUUUUAGUGAGUUAAUGUAGCUAGUGGGAUGUUUGAAGGUAUACAAUUACUUUAGCAUCAAUGCUAAAGUCUGUUCGCCCAUCUACGUUAUUGGCUAGCUGUCUUAUGUGGAUCGGGUGAACAUUUUUGUGCUCAAAUA